AUGAGUAGUGAUGGAAAUAAUCCCAAUUCUUCACGCAAACGCAGUGGUUCAGCGCUUUGUCUGGGCCUGCGCAAAAAAGUGCCUUCCUCAAAUCCUUUGGUACUUCAUGGUCGGCAUUUUGGUCGCACAGUUUUUGCCCUUUAUUCUCCCAUAGAGGAUUAUCCCGCCGAUGUUCGACGGGAACACAGGGUGUUCAUGGAGCUAAUAGACUCCUAUCCUGGUCUUCUAGAUCGUUUGACGAAUGGCGAGGAGGAAGAUGUUAUUCACGCAGGAGAAUUACUGGGUAAAGGAGCCUCUGGUGUGCGAGGUGAUGAUACCAAGACCCUCAAAUCUGCUGUCCUUGAAUGGCUUGUGCCCAGAGGACAGGUAGUCAUACCACCCCUCUCUUGGAAUAUCAAGUCAGAUCGGGGGUUCAAUCACGAAGUAACCGGUGCUUUACUUUGCCCCGCAGGCCUUGAUUGGUCAAAUGCAGAAACUAAGCAGAAUCUCAAGAGCGGUGAAACCGCUGUUUGUGGAGAUCAAUGGCCCAUGUUAUUAUAUGCUGGGUAUGAUUACGACCCCAAAAAUCCAUGGAAGGGGUUGCUGCAGAGCGAAAGCUCUUGA